CAUACCUGUUGCCCGGAACAUCACCACUCACGGCAGGAGCUUGUCUCGGUGCGCAGCAGCCGCAUCCGCGGUUUCGAUGGCAGGAAUUGGUGCAUCCAACUCGACUCCUUGAUUUGUCUUUGGCUUCUUCCUGACACCCACCUUCUCCACCUCACUGAGCACCUAAGGCGCGCCAAUGAGAACCUACCUUCUCUGCACAUGUUUCCCUACAACCUUGUCAUCCAGCAUCUCACAGAGGGUACGCGACUAUUCUACAUCGGUCCAAAGUCAGCCGAUAUCCAAUCAGGUUACCUAUUCGAAGAGUAGCACGAAAUUGCCCUGGUUUUGAAACCCUGACUGGUCGGAAAAACUUGGUCUCUAGAAAAUUACCCAGAGAUAAGUUUCUGUACCCACUCUACUUUGCCGUAACCAUGGCGCAAGAAGGAGAAAUAGGACAUGAGUGGGGCGCCGCGCUGCAACCCCGCCGCAACAUCAACUAUGUCUCCAGCACUUUCGCCACAGCCAUCUCCUUUGGCCUCUUGCUCUGGAUCCUCGGAAGCCUGACUAGUACUGAAAACAAACAUCCUCUCACUUGGCCCAAGAUCAUAACAUCGGAAAAACCAAGCAUGGCGACUUCACUAAACUCAUCGGUCGAAGGAUGGCAUCCUCCCAAUUCAACGUGGAUCAAUGACUUGUCGAAAGCGAUCAACGGCACUGGCGUGCACGGGUUUGUCUUUAAUGGCUCUGAGCUCCCAGAAGGGACGCCCUACGGGAUGUACAACUGGUGCAAUAUGCCGCAUGUGAGGGCCGAGGAAUACCCAAAAGCUUCGGAUGAGUACCAGCUUGAAUAUGUGGAAGUGAUCCAUCGCCAUCACAAACGCACCCCUUACGCUGCCAACACUUUCCCGCAUGAGACCUAUAUCUGGAACUGCAACUCUAGCAGCCUUUUUUACUAUGGGUCACCCGCAGCACCCGAUGGAAAUAUCACUGCACAAACCUACUGGGACGUCUACAUAUCAGCAUCCAAUCCUCUUGCACCCACGGGCUUCAACGGCACCUGCCAAUUCCCUCAGAUUACCGGCUCCGGCCUCAAUGAUGCCUGGCAACAUGGCCGCGACUUGGGCUCCGUAUACGGCGGAUUGCUGCACUUCUUACCUGAAAUACCAGCAACCGAUGGCUGGGGCCGCAAAGUCGAGUUCCGAGUCACGAACAAUAUCAUCACGUCGCAGGUCGCUGGGAUGGUGAUCUCAGGAAUAUACCCAGACGCAGCAGCGCAUAGCUUCCCGCUGAAAAUCCAACCCGAUUCCGUCGACAGCCUUGAGCCAGGCUACACCUGUCCCGCCGCAGCGGCUCUCUAUGCCACCUACGGUAUCGGAAGCCGCGAUCCCGCCUGGCUCGAGCACCUCAGCGCCUCAGACCCGCUCUUCAAAACCCUCGACCGCAUCUCCGGUAUCCCCAGCGCCGAGAAAGACUGGCACCAGUCCUUCGACCACUACUACGACAACCUCUCCGCGCGCCUCUGCCACCAGAAACCACUCCCCUGCAACGACAGCCUCUCUGACGCCACGACCACUAGCUCGACUUGCAUCCCCCAGUUCUUAGCCAACACGGUAUUCCGCCUCGGCCAACUCGAGUACUCCCGUCUCUACCGCGAUGAUCCUGCCUCUCUCGCCGCUGCCGUAGCAAGUUACGGCAUUUGGCUCGCGGAACUUGCACAGAACUUGCGCGAUGCUGCUGCGGGCACCAGUGACGUCGUCUACAGACACAAUGUCGCACACGACGGAUCACUGUCGCGCCUGCUGGCGGUGUUGCAGGUGGACGUCAUGGUGUGGCCAGGCAUGGGGAGCGAGGUUGUAUUUGAGCUGUUUUCACGAAAAGCACAACAGGAUCAGGGCCGCGCGGAUGCGCGAGCAGCGGAGGAUACGGAUGUGGAAAAGGGGAAGUCCUUUGUUCGUGUGCUUUGGGGUGGCAGGGUGCUGAGGAGCUCGCAUCCGGUGUUGGGGCGGAUGGAUAUGGUGGCUUUGGAGACACUGCUGGAGUAUUUUGAUGGGUUGGUGGGCGUGGGCGCGGAGAGGGUGCCCGGACUGUGUGGGUUGAGUUGAGUUGGGGUGGGGAAUGCAGGAUGGAGGUGUUAGAGGCGUGGGAGAGGACGGUUUCGGAAACCCGUUCUUUGUUGGAAGGGCGGGACUGGUUCAUAUUCGGUACUCAAAAAAGAAAUAUGCUUAUACGAUGUGUAAAGGUAAAGUAAAAUCCCUUCCGACGCUUUUGCCUACUUCGGUAUAUGACUUGCUUUUUCAUCCCUUCGACUUUUUGUCUUUGUACCCACGUGGUAUACCCGUACACUCCUGACUAUCCGCACC